GCGGGUUGUGUAAAUGAGGAAGUUCUAAACCGAAAGAAGUUGUUCUCUUGGCUUGGAAGCGAUCUGAAGCCACUUGUUAGCUGUCUGCGAUGUAGCGGCAAAAUGCAUGAUAGCAAUUGUGUGGAGAAAGCCUGUGUGCCGGUGGAAUUCCGGAGAAACCCAAGUAAGAAGCUGGUCUGUAUGCAGUGACUGUGGGAAUUGGGGCAAUUAUCUGCCUUCAAAAAAGCAUUCUACUAAAGUUAAACGAAAUACAGCCUUUUCCUUCAUCAUCACAUGUUUCAUACUUAUAUUGAAUGGAAUAAUUAUAUAUGUUGUAGUAACUAGAAGAAAAUCCCAUCAAAUACCGCCAGAGUGCCUUGAAGCUGCAUGCCCAGAAAACUGGAUUGGUUUCCAAAGAAAGUGUUUCUAUUUUUCUGAUGACAUCAAAAAUUGGACAUUCAGCCAGAGGUUUUGUGUCUCACAGGGUGCUGAUCUUGUUCAGAUUGAAACCCUCCAGGAACUGGGUUUCUUGUUGCGGUAUAAAGGCGCCUCUGACCACUGGAUUGGGCUCAGCAGAGAAGAAGGCCAACCAUGGAAAUGGAUAAAUGGCACUGAAUGGACCAGCUGUUUUCCUAUCAGAGGAGGAGGAGAGUGUGCCUAUUUGAAUGACAACGGUGCCAGUAGUGCCAGGCACUACACGGAGAGAAAGUGGAUCUGUGCCAAAGAGGACACAUACACCAAGAUCAGGAGGCAAAAUGCAACGUAACUCUUCCUUGUGAAUUGCACUCCUUCCCGAAUGUGUCUUAGCUCUGACAGUGUGGAGCCUGCUGUGGAUUCUCUCUCUUGCUC